GGAGGGCGGCUGGCGAGGUGCGGCGCCGAGCAGCUGCCUGCCCCGCGCGGAUGGAGCCCGCGAGCGGGAGUCGCCACGCCGGGCCCGCCGCUCGACCGGCGGCGGCGGCCGUGCUGCCGGCGGGCGGGAGCGGGGAGCGCCUGGGGGGCGCCACCCCCAAGCAGUUCUGCACCGUGCACGGGAGGCCGCUCGUCAGCUACACGGUGCGGGCGAUGGAGAGGAUAAGUUGGAUAUCUGACAUUAUUGUGGUGGUUUCUCCUGAAAAUAUUGAAACAAUGAAGACUAUCAUUGAGAAAUAUGGCCACAAAAGAGUUACAGUAGUAAAAGGUGGAAUAACUCGUCACCGAUCAAUUUUUAAUGGACUGAAAGUUUUUGCAGAGAGUGAGUUUUCCAAAUAUCUGCUCCAGAAACCAGAAGUAGUGGUUAUCCAUGAUGCUGUGAGGCCAUUUAUAGAAGAAGAUAUUCUGUUAGAAGUGGUUUUGGCUGCUAAAGAACAUGGGGCAGCAGGAGCAAUUCGUCCUCUAGUUUCUACUGUUGUUGCUGCUUCUGCUGAUGGCUGUUUAGACCACUCAUUGGAACGGGCUAGGUAUAGAGCAAGUGAAAUGCCUCAGGCUUUCUUGUUUGAUAUAAUCUACCAGGCAUACCAACAGUGUACUGACUAUGACCUGGAUUAUGGAACUGAAUGUUUGCAUCUGGCUCUGAAAUACUGUAAAGUAAAUGCCAAACUUAUUGAAGGAACAGCUGACCUCUGGAAGGUGACCUACAAGCGAGAUCUGUAUGCAGCUGAAUCGAUUAUUAAGGACAGCCUAUCACAACAAAUUUGUAUUAUUACUGAUAUGAAGGAAGAUGCAGUGCAAGCUGGUUUUCUCCUUCAUGAAUCUCUGAAAAGCCAAAUAAAAGUUGAAGCUAUAUCAAUUUCUCUGUGUAAAAGUGAUAAUCAUCUACAGAACAUAUUCUCAGGGCAGUGCUACAAUUUUAUUUACAUACACGAUAAACAAUCUGCAUUUCAAGAAACCCAGCUACAAGUAGAUAUGUUGGAAAAAUCAAAUAUUCCUCUCUUCUAUCCAGUUAUUCUUAUUUUGGUGCACUUGAAUAGUUCGGAAAAUAUUUCUUUCAGCAUUGGGAUGGAAGAACUAACUAGAAUCAAGAAAUUUGCAAGGGAAGUGAAAAAGAAAAAUAUUUGGGUUUAUGGUCUCCUUAUCCAUUACAAGGACCAUUUGCCGCUUCAGGAGGUGGUAAAUUCUUCUGCUGGUCUUAUCAUGGCAUUAAUAAAGGACAGAAAUCCUGAGCUGAUUGGAGUGCUGUUUUCAUCUCUUGUUGGUUAGCAUGUAUGGAAGAAAAGCAAGUGCUGCAAGUUCAGAUGUACACUACAUUGAUAUUAAAGUGUUGAAAGUUGGGACAGGAGGGUUAAAAUGGUGAAUAGUUAUUAUGUUGAAUAUUUCCAGUUAUUACAGCCACUAAGAGCAAUGCAAGACUUCUGAAAGCAGGACAGUCCCUGAAAGUGUCUGUCUCUCCCUAUGCAUCAGAUUCUUGGGAAAUUACUGCACUUCUGCAGCUUGUGAACGGGCUAGGUUAAUGCCUUAAGCACCUGCAGUGAUGGGAAGAGGGACUUAAUGAAAUAGUCCCACCAUGAGUGUCCUGUUCUGUCUAUACAGAGUGAGCGAGCUCAAGAAGCUUCUCUCUGAAACUGGUCCUAUCAGCUGCCUGACUGCUGCCUUGCUCUCAUGAGUACAAUUUCUCAUAUCUGAUAGUUAGGCACAAGGAUGUGACACUAGCAAAUUUGCUGACAACAUACUCUUGGGUCCUUGAUGUAGAAUAUAAUUUAGCCAGUCUUAGCCAGAAAAAAGAAAUAAUAAUAAAAGAAAGUAAAGCAUAGAAUAUCUAUCUAAAUGUCAUUCAGAGGGGAUCCUUCUCCAUGCUAGGUAAAUGUUCAAAAACCCAUCUCAAGUAAAGCUUCUAGUUUACAUUAAGCUGUGGAAAGUUAUUUCCUGCAGCUCAGCUCUUCAAGAGGACAGUGAGAAAAGCUUGAGUGUUGUGGUUCAGUAAUACAAGGUCUUUUGUGGCAACACAAACUGGAAGAGUUCCCCGUCUUCCAGCCCUACUGCCACCAUGUUCCUCUCCCUCUGAUGCUCAGACAAAACUUAGUGAAGAGUAGGAUGAUCCAGGGUUGGUUUCUCUCUCUUGCUUUGUGCUGCUUGGCUUCCCACUCCUCUUCCUUCCUUUCUUUCUUUUUUUUUUCAUUCUUUCUUUCUCUUGCUUUUUCUCCCUCCUUCUCUCUUCUUCUCUCUCUUUUUCUGUCUUUGUCUCUCCUUCUUGCCUUUUCUCUCUCUCUGACUUUCACUUCUGCUUGCUUUCUCUCUCUCUUUCUCCCCCCCACCUUUUUUUAUGACUAUUUUAAGCCUAGAUCAGUAUCCUGCAGUUGCUCUAUCAACACAGAAGGCAGCAUUGACAGUAACAGUAAAAAGGGGUCCAGGAUGGAAUAAGUGCUCCUUAACUGCUUAAGAAUGGCUUAUUAGCUUCUGCUGAGGUACUAUCUCUGUCUUCUAAUCUCAUUUAGAAGUUGAUGUUGAUUCCAAACUUCCUUCUUUACGAGAUAGAUACAACAAAGAGUUGUUGGCUCUCUGUUCUGCAUCCAAAGCACACAUUUUGUUCCACACAGAAAUCACGCCAAUACAAUUUACAAAGUUCUCAUGCAUCCUCUGUUUUCUUCUUUGCUUCUCUCUCCUCUCUAUUUUGAGUAAUAGUUUGUCCUUUGCUGACAUUGUACGACAUAAGCAUUUGUAUUAGCUCUGUGUAUGGCUACACAGUAGGCAUAUUUUAUUCAUAUUUAUUCGUGCCUGUAUGCAAAGUAGUCAAAUGAAUAAGGGACCGAAGAAUUUAUUGUUAGCAUUCAUAUUUUAAUAGGACAAUUCUCACAAAUACAUUUCCUGAAUUCACUUUUAUUAUUCACAUUAAUAAAUUGAGUUUGAUAAAGGAAUUUGUCUCUCAAGCUUCUAAAGACAUAAUGAAAGAUAUUUAUUUGAUUACUGUAUUUUAUGUUUCUUCUACACUUUAAAAUACUAUCGCUGAGGUGUUUUUCUCGCGUAAUGAUAAAGUGAAAUUAGAAAAUCCUUUGUGUUUUCCAUCUAUUCUAAUAUAUACAUUGUACUACAACCUUAGCAUUGGGUUGUGCACAGCUUGUCAUUUGCUUAAUAAACAGAACCCUUUACUUGGU